AGAACCGAUCAAAACGUCUCUCUCUAUUUAGUAAAGUUUUAAAAAAAAAAAAAAAAUCUCAUUCUGUCCUGUCCUCUCUCUUCAAAUUCUUCAACGGCCGACCACUGCUGACGUUCCCUGACAAACACGCUCUUUCCCUCUCUCUCUCUCCUCCUCCCCCUCCUUUCUCUCCCGCUCUUUCAUUUGUGUUCUGAGGCGAAAAUUGUUUUAGGGUUUCUUUGCAACCUGUUUCUUCCAUGGCUGCUCCACCUGCUAGGGCUCGAGCUGAUUAUGAUUACCUCAUAAAGCUUCUUCUGAUCGGCGACAGCGGUGUGGGCAAGAGUUGCCUUCUUCUGCGCUUCUCAGAUGGUUCAUUUACCACCAGCUUUAUCACUACCAUUGGCAUUGAUUUCAAGAUCCGAACAAUUGAGCUCGAUGGCAAAAGGAUCAAACUGCAGAUCUGGGACACGGCUGGUCAGGAGCGGUUCCGAACUAUCACAACAGCUUACUACCGUGGAGCGAUGGGUAUUCUGCUGGUGUAUGAUGUUACUGAUGAGUCAUCAUUUAACAACAUUAGGAACUGGAUCCGCAACAUUGAACAGCAUGCGUCUGACAAUGUUAACAAGAUACUGGUGGGGAACAAGGCUGACAUGGAUGAAAGCAAAAGGGCUGUUCCUACCUCAAAGGGUCAAGCACUUGCUGAUGAGUACGGUAUCAAGUUCUUUGAGACUAGUGCAAAGACAAAUUUGAACGUUGAGCAGGUUUUCUUUUCAAUUGCAAGAGAUAUAAAGACAAGGCUUGCAGAAACUGACUCCAGGGCGGAGCCUCAGACAAUUAGAAUUAACCAACCAGACCAAGCAGCUGGUGGUGCUCAAGCUCCUCAAAGAUCAGCUUGCUGUGGCUCUUAAGAGGAUCAAAAUUUGGACCUAGGGGAGAGAGAGAAAGGGCAGGUCCUGGAGACGACGCCUGUUGACAAAGAUUAAUCGUGAUGAAAGUAUGGGGCGGGUGCUUGUAUUUUUCUCCUUACCAUUCUUUGCAACUACUAUUUUAUAGCAUUUGAAAGUUAGUUUCUCACUCAUUUGUGGAAUUUAUUAUAUGAGACACAGUCCUCUUUUCUUCUCUUGGGAUUUAGAAAACCGUAAUAUUGUUUUUUUCUUUUCUCUUUUCUUCGAGAGAGAUUGUUCAUCUCCUUAAUGUAGAAAAGUAUAUAGAAGCAGUCCUCAAUUUU